AUGAGUUUGGUACUCUCUCCACAAACACUUGAAAUGUCCACUACAACGUCAGCCUGUGCAACGCCCACUGUGGACACCAUUCAUGUUUCCCCACGUUUACGUCCGCCCCCGCAGAACUACCAUGGUAGCUCUCGCGAGUCUAACGGCUCAGAUUCGAAAAAUACGAGAAACAAGUCCUUCAUUCAUCGCAACUUUACAAAACUGUGUCCUCUGAUAGAUCCGUUCCUUGCUCAGUACAUCAAGUCACCAGAGUCUGAUCCUACUCACUUUUAUUUGAAAUCAUUAAACAAGCGUGGUCACAUUAAGCACCCCUCUUUUUAUGAGAAAUAUCUAGUGCAUAGAGAUCAUGAGGCCCCAGCUCCUUCAUCCCAGCUUCUCAAAAAGAGCUUGCUUGAGCGUAAACAGGUGUUUUCGCCAGUGCGAAAGAGCCCUAUUGCACAAACAUUGGAUGUGAAUAUGACGGAGGAUGAUGCGAGCACUCCAUCGAGGCGGCGCCGUUACACUGGAAGCGGCCCUUCUACUCCACAAGUUCCUACUAAAAAGGCGCAUCCAAAGGUGAUCACCAACUGUUUGCCAAAAGAGUUUAUGCAAUGUGACAUUGACGAUUUGGUUUGCUUGAUAUCCCGAAUGCUUCAGUCACUUAUCAACUUGAAUGAUCGCAGUGUACCAGAAUCUAUCGCUAAUCCACGUGGUGGAAUUUCGGAUAAGAUCCCAGAGCAGAGAAACAAGUUAUUGACGAGGUAUCACUCGCGCUCGCCGCCUGCCAUCUCGAUUCAGACCUACCUUGCUAGAUUGACAAAGUUCAACAAUUUUUCGCAGGCUACCUUACUAACUACCAUCUACUAUAUUGACUUGUUGUCACAUAACUUCCAACCAUAUUUCACCUUAAAUUCAUGGACUGUGCAUCGGUUCCUUUUGGUGGCCACCAUGUUGGCCCAGAAGGCUCUAGAAGACUUUUUUUACACUAAUGAUCAUUAUGCCAAAGUCGGUGGUGUUGCAUUAACAGAACUCAACUGUCUAGAACUUGAUUUCUUGAAUCGUGUCGACUGGAAACUUGUUCCAGCAAAGCAAAUCCUGAACAACAAAACCUCCAUCAAAUACUACAGAGAGGUUCUUGAUUUGUACUAUGUCCAGUUAGUGAAUCUUAUGGAAAGGAACACUUCGGAGCACACUAAUGUCGUGUACACAUUCAGCAAUCUGGAACUGGACAAGGAUUGA